AUGGGAAGUGUAUAUGAUGGUGGCAGUUGGGGCAUUCGUGAGGAAAGGCAGAUGAGCCUACUGGUGACAGGUGUCACCAAGGUGCACGCGCUCACGCAUACGGGGGAGAAGCCGUACCAGUGCUCUCAGUGCGGCAAAGCGUUCACCCAGCAGCGCAACUACAAGUACCACAUGUCGGUGCACGCGGGAACGCACGAGUUCGCGGCAGCGUGCCCCGAGUGCGGCAAGGUGUUCAACAACGGCGGCUAUCUCAGCUCGCACAUGAAGAUCCACCGCAACCGCAGGGAGUACGCCUGCACCGAGUGCGGGCGGCGCUUCAACCAGCGCGUCGCCUACAACACGCACAAACGCAUACACACGGGAGAGCGGCCACAUGCCUGCUACCUCUGCGACAAAGCCUUCACGCGCAAGACGCUGCUUAACCAGCACAUGCGCACGCACACCGGUGAGAAGCCCUUCAACUGUGAGGUGUGCGGGAAGCGGUUCGCGGACCGCAGCAACAUGGUUCUCCAUCAGCGCCUGCACUCGGGCAUCAGGCCGUACAGCUGCGGCGAGUGCGCCAAGGCGUUCACCAAGAAGCACCACCUCAAGACGCACAUGUCCUGCCACACGGGGCUGCGGCCCUACACCUGCGACCGCUGCGGCGCGCGCUUCAGCCAGUCCAGCAACAUGCGCACGCACCGCAAGAAGUGCACAGCGCCGGAUCCGCCGAGCGGGGGAUCAACAUAUAGAAUCAAGGACACUGUUAGAGAGAUAAAAUCUCUUACAAUAAACGAGACAAGAGACGACCAGUUAUCAAAUCUGCGCUAUGCGUCCCGCCGCGCACUCUCCGUGCCUCCCACACGGUUCACCUCCCGGCCCUCAGUAGCAGGCACAGGCCGCGGCCGCAGCGACUCGGCGGGCACGCGCCUCUGCUGCCCACACAAGAGCUCCUGCGUCGCUCGUCACCUGGACGACAGGUGCUACUGGCCGAUUGAGUUGCCGUGCUGUGUCGCCUUGUCAACUUCACAACAACUGCUGCUUGCUCACCGAGCUGUCGUGCGGGUGACAAGACGACACAGGAUCUCAGGUGUGGGCAGCAGAGGCGCGUCCGAGCCGGCUUCUUGCGGCCGCUGCCUGCUACUGCGGCCCGAGAGCUGA